GAAUUCCUGACAAGGGAUAGCUCAGUCGGUAGAGCUUGAGACUCUUAAUCUCAGGGACAUGGGUUCAAGUCUCACACUGGGCAAUAUACAUUGUAGGGGGUUGGACUAGAUGAUCCUUGUGGUCAUUUCAGAUUCUGCAAUUCUAUGAUUCUGUGAUGUUGAUAAAUCAAUUCACAGCUUCGGAGGCAGGGCAAAAAUUGAAAUAAGACUCCCAAAAGGUAUCCAAGGUUUAUUUAUUUGCAAUUGAUUACAACAUAACCGUAAAAAACCCACUGUACACGAGGUUAAUCCCAUCUGCUUUUUUCCAGCUCUUGUUGGGGAAAACCUUUAUCUGUGCUUGUUUACCAUCACGGUGAGGCUACUAAACUGCUUCUUAGUCCAGACAAGCUUUGUCCCAGAUGAAUAUUGGCAGUCACUUGAAGUCGCACAUCGUAUGGUUUUCAAAUAUCCUUUUUUUAUGUAGUGAAAUUUUAAGUGAAAGUUUUCCCUAGUAAGGACAGGUCAGAAGUAGGUCCCACUGAGCAGAAUGGGACUCGCUUCAGCAUAAAGUCAACACGCUUUGGACUGUCCUGUUGGGCUGCACAACUUGACAGUAAAUCCAAGUUCAGUCCUAGGAGUGGCUUCCUGCCUGCAGUCUCCUAGGGCAUCUACUUUGUUGAAGUGAAAUCACUCAGUCUUGGGUCAGGGCCUGGAUAGGAGCCCCUUUGGAAACUCUACCUGUGUGCAGCCUUGAAUUCUGUGAUUGUGGGACGUAAAUUUAUCAAGUAAAGGAACAUGGCUGUGGUUGAGCAUGUUGUGGCUGGGUUAAGGUAGCCUGUUAGAAGAGGCCUAGGAAGCAUCAUGUAGGCUGCCUGGAGUGUACAGGAUCAGGCUUGGAAGGAUUCUUGUUUUAUCACAUUGUCACAACUGGGCCAUUUUGACUAUCAGUUGUCAUGAAGCAUUAGGCAGUGCAGAGGCCCCUGAAGCUCAGGUGUGGGGCUUGGAUGGUUUCCUUGAAGGCCUGCCUUUCCCUCUCCCUCCAGCAUACUCUGAGAUACAAGGAACUUGAGACAAAAACUGGUAUUGGAAAAGGCUCUUUCCUGCCACAGGAAUGUGCCAGCUGAUUGACUCUUGACACAUCUGAGAUGUGGGUUUGGGUGGAACAAGAUUCAGUUUUUCAGCAGGUGGGGGUAGUGGUAAUUUAGUAAUUAUCAAAGGCCCUAAAAUAUUACAUUAGUUGAAUUUUGAGGAGUUUGGCCACAGAACACCAUGCUCCAUGCCUGUUCUUUAUGAUAUCUUUAAUGAUGAUAAUUAUGGCUAUUUGACCUGGGAGUGGACAGAAGGUCUGCGGAGCCAUCUCUACCCUCUGCUGUUCGCAAGCAUUUAUAAAGUGUUGCACCUGCUUAACAAGGAUGAUGUUCAGCUGCUGAUCUGGCUCCCUAGAAUUGCACAGGCUUUUCUGGCUGCGCUGGCAGACGUGGUGUUGUACUCCUUGGUGAAGCGACUGGAUGGUGCAGAGGUGGCCAAGUGGGUGUACUUCUGCCAGUUGUGUUCCUGGUUCACAUGGUACUGUUGUACCAGAACGCUCACCAACACCAUGGAAGCUGUUCUCACCAUUUUCGCUCUUUACUACUAUCCCCUGGAAGGCACCAGGACAAAGAGGAGCAGCAUCCCUUACUUGACCCUGGUUGCUCUUUCGUUUGUGAUUCGCCCAACCGCUCUCAUUCUGUGGGUGCCUUUGCUGCUCCGGCACUUCUGGAAGGAGCCCCAGAAGCGGCACCUCGUCCUGCACAGCUGCCUCCCAGUGGGAUUGAUCAUUCUGGGAUCAUCUUUAAUUACUGACCGAGUAUUUUUUGGCAAGUGGGUCCUGGUUCAACUCAACUUUUUGAAGUUUAACGUGCUGCAGAAUGUGGCCACCUUCUACGGAUCCCACCCGUGGCACUGGUACUUCACGCAGGGCUUCCUUGUGGUCCUUGGCCCUCACCUCCCCUUCUUUCUCCAUGGCUGCUUCCAAGCAUCGAAGAGGCAUGGGAUACUCCUGGUGGUAGUGCUGUGGACGGUGGCUGUUUACAGCACCCUGAGCCACAAAGAAUUCCGCUUUAUCUACCCAGUGCUGCCAAUCUGCAUGGUGUUCUGUGGACAUUCUCUUAAGCAGCUGAAAAGGUGGCAGCGGGCAGCAGCCAUCUCCUUCCUGCUGGUGACAAACUUGCUGCCCGCCCUCUACACUGGCUUGGUCCAUCAGCGUGGAACCCUGGAUGUCAUGGGCCACCUGCAAAGCCUCUGCGGCGCUCCUGCUGACUCUCCAGAGCAGCCGGCAUCCGUCUUCAUGCUCAUGCCCUGCCAUUCAACUCCUUUUUAUAGCCAUGUUCAUUGCCCACUACCUUUGAGGUUUCUUCAGUGCCCCCCUGAUUUGACCGGAAGGGCAAAUUACCUUGAUGAAGCUGACUUAUUUUAUGCAGACCCUCUCAGCUGGCUCAGUGAAACAUUUUCCAAUGUUACGCUGCUACCCACACACUUGGUGUUCUUCAGUGUGCUUGAGCAGGAUAUAUCAUCAUUUCUAGUUACAAAUAGGUAUGAAAAAGUUGCCACGUUUUUUCACACUCAUCUGCCUCAAGGACGGAUCGGGAGCUCCAUUCAUGUCUACAAAAGAAAUCAAAAGCGUCUUUGAAGAUGGUCUCAGCCCAAACAACAAAUAGAGGAAUGUAUAUCUUGUUCAAAGAUCACCACAUGGGUGUGUGUUUCACAUGAGAUAUAGCUAAUAGGACAGUCCUCUUCGCUUAGCACUAAUUCUUGCUGAGUUAAUGGAACUCUGAUUGCAGCCUGGACCAUUUUUCAUUGCGGGUGUAGAGAAGACACACUACUUCAGCAUGGACAGCAUGCGCAAGAUAACAGAAGAGUGGCCUUAACAAAAGCUUUGAGUCCUUCUCUGAGGAUGUUUAGCUAUGCAAACUUAUAAAAAUAAAAGUAACUUUUUCCAA